UGAGUUUUGAGGCAAAAGACGAAUUAACCGACGACGUUUUACAGAGUCAAAAUUACUAGGUCUUGUUUUUGUGGGCUGGGCUAAGUGGGUCAACCAACAGCCCAUUUUCGAAUUCUUCUAAAGUCGAUUGAUUUAUCUCAAGAAAUUGACAGCUAAAAGUUCCGAUUGAAACUUCUUGAUGUUUCUUUUUCCGAUUAGAUUCGAGAGCUUCGUUUCUCUUCUCCGCCUGAGCUUAAGGGAUUGUGGAAAGUUAUCGUCUUUACUUAGUUCCUGAUUUGGGUUCUUACAUCAAGCCACCAUGCUUGUGAUUUCGCCUCCCUGUAGAGGUGUUUAUCCUCAGACCAUAGAUCCCAAGCCUGUUGAUUUCUCUGCUAGAAGCUCUUAUACACAUUGCUUUCAGUUUCCUCGUGUGGUCCCUAAAAGGGAGUGUUCGAUGAGGUUAGGAACCUUUGUUUGUUUCAGCAAGAAGCCUACACAGCACACAACUUUCAAGAAACGUCAUGUGUUUACGCAGAACGUGGAUCUUCCUCCUAUUUUACCAAAGAACAAGAAAAAGCCUUAUCCCGUUCCUUUCAAGCAAAUCCAAGAGGAAGCUAGGAAAGAUAAGAAACUUGCUCAGAUGGGCAUUGAGAAACGCUUGGACCCUCCCAAAAAUGGUUUGCUUGUCCCCAAUCUUGUUCCUGUGGCCUAUGAAGUGAUAGAUAACUGGAAGUUGCUGAUCAAGGGUUUGGCACAGCUUCUCCAUGUUGUUCCUGUCUUUGCUUGCAGUGAAUGUGCGGCGGUUCAUGUGGCUAGUGCUGGUCACAAUAUCAAGGAAUGUAGUGGUGCAACAAGUUCACAGAGACGUGGUUCUCAUCUAUGGGUCAAAGGCACCAUCAACGAUGUUCUGCUUCCUGUUGAGUCUUACCACAUGUAUGACCCUUUCGGGCGCCGGAUAAAGCACGAAACCCGGUUUGACUAUGAAAGAAUCCCAGCGAUUGUUGAGCUAUGCGUCCAAGCUGGAGUUGAGAUCCCAGAGUAUCCUUGCCGCAGGAGGACACAACCGAUCCGAAUGAUCGGGAAGAGAGUGAUCGAUCGAGGUGGAUAUGUUAAAGAUCCAAACAGGCCUUGCAGUUCUACAUUUUCAUCUCCAUUAGCCGAUCUUGACACACUUGGUGCUAGUGAAAGGUAUCCACCUCCCGAACCAGAGGAGAUACCAAAGCUAGCGCAAGAAACAAUGGACGCUUACGAGAAAGUGAGGUGGGGAGUGACGAAACUGAUGAGGGAAUACACGGUGAAAGCGUGUGGGUAUUGCUCUGAGGUGCAUGUAGGACCAUGGGGACACAGUGUGAAGCUGUGCGGAGAGUUCAAACACCAGUGGAGAGACGGGAAGCAUGGAUGGCAAGAUGCUCUUGUGGACGAGAUCUUUCCUCCGAACUAUGUGUGGCAUGUGAGAGACCUUAAGGGAGAUCCACUUAGUGGAAGUCUCAAGAGGUUUUAUGGUAAAGCCCCUGCUUUGAUUGAGAUAUGUAUCCAUAGUGGAGCUAGGGUUCCUCAAUGCUACAAGGCGAUGAUGAGGCUUGACAUCAUCGUUCCUGAUUCACAGGAAGCUGAUAAGGUCGCUUAGGUCUUUGGACAUGUUCUUACUAGAACAUUGCUUGAUAAAGAAGUUUCAACAUAUGCUUGAUGAUAGAAUGAUCUCGCAAUCUAGGAUCUUAGAGCACCUAUGUACAAAAACGCUUUUAUUUCAGUAUAUAUAGUGAUGUUGAUGAUGAUUCCUUGUGAAGAAUCUUAAAUGGAUCAAUCUAUUUAGAUUGUGAAGAAUCAUUUAUUUUUGUGUUUCAAGUCUGUGUGUAAAACUUAUAAUAAUGUUAUCUUAUUUUCUCACUUAUUUAAAUAAAUCUCUAAUGUUUUAUGAGCCUGAUAA